ACCACCUUAGCAUUGUUCUCAAUGUACUUUUAGCUUCAUCUGCAGAGAUGAACCUGCUUGUCUGCAUUAUAACGCUGGGCAUCUGUGUGAUGCAGGCCCAUUCAAACCCAUCAACUCUUGUAUCUGAAGGUCUGGGUCGUCCCUAUCUUAUGGAGUGCUUUGAAGAGGCCAAAAAACUGGUGGAUGAUGCUUACAAGUACUCGCGAGAUGAGAGUCUGAGCAGGGUUCGCAGAGAGGUCGUCUCUCCGGCGGACAUCCUGCGCCUCAUGAAGCAGCCGCGUGGAGCCUCCCGCUCGGCAGUGCGCUCGUCCGACUACAUGGAUCAGACCCUGCGCCUGUUGCACGACCGCGUCCACCGCGUGCACAAACGCUCGCUCAACGCCACAGAUCUGCUCCCUCGUGAAGACCUGGAGGUUCUCUCCAAGAUCUCUGGAUGUGCAGCCAGGGUCAGCGAUCCGCCCUGCCGCAGCAUUCAGAACCUGGACAAGUACAGGACCGCCACCAGCGUCUGCAACAACAUGAUGAGUCCUCGCCUGGGGGCCUCCAACACCCCCUUCAAGCGCUGGCUCCCCGCUCAGUACGACGACGGCGUCGCCUUGCCCAACGGCUGGGAGAGAAGCCGCCGCUUCAACAACUUUGUUCUCCCUCUGGUCAGAGAGGUGUCCAACCGCAUCCUGGCGACGCCAGACGAGGGCGUGGUCAACGACCCUGAAUUUUCCCACAUGACGACCCUGUUCGGCCAGUGGAACGACCACGACCUCACCUUCACCCCCUUCUCACCAAGCAUCCGCUCCUUCAGCAACGGCCUCAACUGUGACGAGAGCUGCGAGCGCUCUGAGCCCUGCUUCCCCAUUCAGAUCCCCCGCGGCGACCCCCGUUUGCCAACUGGCCCGGACAGCUGCAUCCCGGUCUUCCGAUCGGCGGCCGUAUGUGGAACCGGAAAUUCGGCAUUCAAUUUUGGCGGCGUGGCUAACAAGCGGGAGCAGAUCAACACCCUGACGGCGUUUCUGGACCUGGGCCAGGUGUACGGCUCGGAGGAGCAGCUGGCGAUGGACCUCCGCAACCUCACGACCGAUGCGGGCCUCCUGCGCGUCAACGAAAGGUUCAGGGACAACGGCCGGGAGCUGCUGCCGUUCAGCCCCCUGCUGCCCAAAAUGUGCGCUACACGCCAGAGAGUCACAAACAACAGCAAAGCCCAGGAGGUGCCCUGUUUCCUUGCAGGUGACGUUCGUGUCGAUGAGAACAUUGCCCUGACGUCCCUCCACACCCUGUUCAUGCGAGAACACAACCGUCUGGCGCGUGAACUCAAGAGGCUAAACCCGCAGUGGGACGGUGAAACCCUCUACCAAGAGGCUCGUAAAAUCAUGGGCGCGUACACUCAGGUGUUGGUUUUCAGGGACUACCUGCCCCACAUCGUGGGUGACGUGGCCAUGUCCAGAGUGCUGGGCCGCUACCCAGGCUACGACCCCAACGUGGACCCCAGCAUCGCCAAUGUGUUCGCCACCGCCGCCUACCGCUUUGCCCACCUCGCCAUCCAGCCCUUCCUAGCUCGCCUGGACCAAAACUACCGGGAGAACGCCCGCAUCCCCAACGUGCCGCUCUUCAAGGCCUUCUUCACCCCCUGGAGGAUCGUAUUUGAAGGCGGAAUCGACCCCCUGAUCCGAGGUCUUGCGGGCCGUCCUGCCAAACUGAACGCUAAGAAACCCGUGCUGGUGAACGCGUUGCGGGAGAGGCUCUUCCAGUUUGUCAUGCACCUGGCUCUGGACCUUGGGUCACUCAACAUGCAGAGGGGCCGGGACCACGCCAUCCCUGGCUACAACGCGUGGCGUAAGUUCUGUGGGCUGUCCCAGCCCGGCAACCAGGCAGAGCUGGCUCGGGUCCUUAACAACGCGGGCCUGGCGACAAGGCUCCUGCAGCUGUAUGGAACACCAAGCAACAUCGACGUGUGGCUGGGAGGCGUGGCAGAACCCUUGGUCCAGGGUGGCCGUGUGGGCCCUCUGUUCGCCUGCCUCAUCGCCUACCAGUUCAAGAACAUCCGCCAGGGAGACAGGUUGUGGUACGAGAAUCCGGGCGUGUUCAGCCCCAGCCAGAGGAAUGUGCUGCGCACUGCCUCCCUGGCCAGGAUCAUCUGCGACAACACGGGCAUCUCCAGCGUCCCCCUGGACCCCUUCAGCCUCCUCAGCCGUAGAAACCGUCUGGUCAGCUGCUCCAGAAUCCGAAGCAUUAGCCUCUUGCCCUGGAGGGAGAGGCCCCACGAUGAGGCAGCAUCGGGCACAAAUGAAAUUCUUGCAGCCAUUGAAGCUGAGAGGACCAGGCUUUCCCAGGCAGAGCAGGACAUUAUGGGCAAGAUGGAGCCAAAGAUGGAAGAGGACAAUGAGGUGGUUAUGUCUCACAUCUCUGUAGGACAAGAAGAAUGAGCUAGUUCAGGAAUAAGGGUUCCCCAGGGGGCAUAAGAGGUGAACCUGGCCCUUGAAAGAAAGAUUUCUAAUCAAUGCAACCCGUUAACUGUCUUUACCUGCCUGACUUGAUGGUGAAUUUGUGUCGCACCAUUCCACAAACCGCUUUUCUCUCAACACCGGGGGCCCGGUAUUUUUUUAAGGCCACUGUUACACCAUGAAACGUACAAUGACAUUUUUAACAACAACUCUGACGAUUGAAUUACUUUGUCAGAGUUGGUAAACAUUUUUGACCCUUGUGUUGUCUAUCCACUAAAUUUAUUUGCACAAAUCAAUUCUGUUUGAAUCCGAUCUAUUAUUUUUUAAAUCUGUAUCAUAUGAAGCGAACCAACUGCUUUCAAUAAAUAAUUCCUGUUGAUGGAAUUGUUAAAUCGAGAAACAUUUUUACGGGUUAACGACAACUAGUUCAUAGCCAAACUGAGAGCGUCAGUAUUAAACCAUUCUUUUAACCAAGUUGACGUUUGGCUCGGCCUAGUGGCCAUUGAUUGAACUGCAAUGCUGCAACCAGGCCAUGGAUGCAAAGACGCGCACAAAAAUAAAAUCCAUUAAUCUUUCACCUCAAUCAAAUAAAAAAAGGAAGAAAAAUCACUGCUUCUCUUUUACAUCAGUGUCAGGAUGAAUAUAUAUCACAAUUCUGAUUCAAAAGGUUAUCUGUAUGUAAUGGCUUGUUUCCAUACGACAGCCAGGGAAGAUGCACAGGACAUCGCCAAGCCAACUCGUUCCCUAUCAUGGAUGUAGUGCACUAAAUAGGGUGCACGCCAUUAUGUAGGGUGUUCGAAUUCUCAGUGUUCCACUAUAUAGGGCACUAUAUAGUGGACUUAAAAUAGGGUACAUACGAUGUUCCCUACAUGUUACUCCCGUAUACCACAAUGCAAUGCGGUCGUGUUUUUCCGGAGGAGAAGAAGAAGCUGAAUAACCGCGAAAACUUAUACAUUUAAUGAUGGAGUCUCCGGCUUUCGUUUAGAAAUGUCAACAAUUUAGGAUUUAACAUAGAAUAUUUAACAUUCAAAAUUAAUAAAAUAAAUACUUGAACAAGGAAAUGUAACAUUCAACAUCAAUACAACCUCCAGCUUUCCUCGUGAGUGCCUGGUAUGUUUACCUGAUGGGGACUCUCUAAAUCGACGCCACUUCGACCUGGGCGGGACUUUACGUCCUACGUCACUCGCUAUGUGUGUGCAUGUGUGCGCAUAGCCGUCACUCGCGAUGGGUGUGCAUGUGAGAAAGGUUUUGGCUUUUAGUGUCUAUGGGUUGGUAAUAACGGUUCUGAUGAUUUUUCUGAUGGAAAAGUGGUCUUUUAUUUCCAUAAUCUUUGUUCAGUGAACGCAUAAACCCGUUUGUUAGUUAGCAGUUAAACAAAAUGCGAUCUAUUUGUUUACAGCGACCAACUGAUGAUUGGGGGUUCGAUUCCCUAGUGAUGCAAGGUUUUUUCUUUCAUUUUGGACUGCACACACAUCGCGAGUGACGGAUACUCGAACAUUGUACACACAUCACUGUCUUUACAAUUUCUAGGCAACCGAAGUUUAAAGAUUGUCAAGUGGUUAACUCUUGAAUCGCAUGUACUAAGACCUGAUGGGUUAGUGGUCAGAGAACAACUCAUUAACGCAGGGAUAAGGGGUUUGAUUCCUUAAUGAAGCUAGCUUUUUUCAUUCAUAUUGGACUGGAUGUUCGUUUGCCAUUUUGCGUAACUUGUAGUUUAUGAUGAUGAAAUGUUACUGGGGUUAAAGGCACCCAGUGCAACUUUAUGUAAACAUUCAAUGAAAAAUAAACAUU